AUGAAUAUCGCCCUGCUGUCCCGCCAGCUUUGGCACAUUGCACAAGGAGAGGGCGGCCUCUGGCUUGCCAUCAUCAUGAAUAAGUACUUGCGAGGUCAAACGCUCGCCUUUUGUCAGCGGUCUGACGGAUCGCAAUUCUGGCAGUCUGUCAUUCAGCUGCUCCUGGUGCUCCGCAUCAGGACAUCCAUCUCGGUGGGUUCCAGUGCCGCUGCCCUGUUCUGGUUCGAUCGAUGGGGUGGAGAUCUCUCCUUUGCGGCCCUCUUCCCUGACCUGUUCUCCAUCGCGGUUGAACCAAGGAUCUCCGUCGAGAUCGCCCUUACUGAUUUAGGGCGUCUCGCGUUCCGGUGGCCAUUUGGGCCCCCAGAUCUUGCGGCUUGGAACAAGCUCCUCGGCUACAUUGCUCUUCAUGAGCCUAAUGUGGAUCCUGCGACCGAUCGCAUAUCUUGGCGUCUGGAGCCCUCGGGUGUCUUCUCCACCAAAUCUCUAUACCAGCUUUGGCGGCCGCUUAGGCGCCCUCAGGAUCGAGACGCCAUCAACACCUUCAUCGUCGAUCUUCGCACGAUGGCUCUCGGCUUGGCCUCCGCUGCUACCUCCGCCACCACCCGAGCCUGA